UGCUGCCCAGCAGAGUUAUAGUCCAGAUCUAAAGAGAGAGAGGCACCAUGUUUUCUGUAGCUCUGUUUUACCUCGUUGCUGUGAUUUGUUCCGCAAGACGGACACACGCUCUACCUCUGUACCCCGACACCAACCUGGAGCCACAGGCAGAUUUCAUUCAGAAAUUAGUGUCCGAGGUGGAGGAUGGAGCCAACGCUGCUGAGGGGGAGCAGAGAGAGGUGAAUAAUCUGUAUCCUCUACUGGUGCCGCACAAUGGAGGGAGAGAGUCCUGGAAUAAAGGGGCGAAGGAUGCAGCACAACAAGAUACGUUUGCAAACAUGGUGGAGGACCUCAGAGAAACCGUGUUGAAGCUGGCAGCGGCCGACAAGCUUCGCUCUCAGGGUUUUCUCAGAUCAGAGCAGAACUUGCCCAAAACAAACAAAAGAACUUGUUUCUGGAAAUACUGUGUGACCAACUAGAGGCCGGCAGCUGCAGGAUGUUUGGUGUGAUUUCGGGUCGGCCUGGUUGGAAACGCCUCCACUCUCCAUCCUCAUUUUUGUUUCCCACCAAACAGUAUAUUCACCUUCUGUACCGGAUCAAGAGAAAAUAUAUUUUUGAAGCUGUAAAAGGGUCUGAAAAUAAACUUGAAUAUCAGAAAUGCCAUUUAUGUGACCUGGUUGUGAUAUUUCAAGGUAAAGAUGUUUAUAAUAUGUGUAGACCUAAAGAAGGGAGCACCAUAGCACUAAUUAAGCACACAAACAUUAUGUCGAAUGAAUUUGAUAUUAUUUAUUAGUGUGACAGUGAUUGACAGAUUGAAUCAUAUCAGAUACAGAAGUUUAUUUCAUGAUUUGCAUAAAUAUGAACUGUUUUUGAAGGUUUCUGCUGCUCACACUAACACAAUCAUGUUUAUUUUAACGAGGGUGUUUUGAUCAUAAAAAGCG